CUAGUUAAUCUGGCGCGGGGUCGUUGGUGCACUUCCUCACACACUCGUGGUAGGUUGUGACGGUGUAGCGUCUCUCGGGUAUUUACAACAAACACUAUCAUGAAUUACCUUGACUCGAAGCGUCCUUGCUGGCUGACACUGUUCGCUAUUCUUGUCGCCUCUGCUGCUGCUGGGACAACUGCCACUGGAUCUACCAAAGUGGACACGUCAAUGUGUGCCAAGACGGACCCAGUGCCUUUAUGUCUGAUGAAGAAAAGCCAGUGUGCGCCUCUAGACGGUCUGUUGGCAACACUGCUCGGUACUCCUGACGUCAUCAUGGGUUGUGUCAACAUAACCAGCGUGCCGAUAAAACCCGACUAUUAUGCUAGUAUAGGUAAAGCUUUGGUGACAGGCUUAGUCGGUAGCCUAGGGAAGAAACCCACCUCAAAUCCCGUAGCUAACCUAGCCAUCAGACAGUGUGUCCUCAACGCUACCGGCAUGCUGGGUGAGGAUGGAAGCCUUGACCGUGGAGCCGUAGUAUCGCAAGUCUCUCUCUUGACGCCUCCCUCCCUCGCUGCCGCUGUUGUUACCGCCGCCACCACCUGCCCUGAACCAGCCUCCUACAAGACCACCGAGUUCAUCAAAUGUCUCAAGAAAGUGUGUGUAGCCAGCGCACCUGGGGCUAUGCUUCCUGCUGCCUCGCCUGGGGGCUUCUAGCAACCUCAGUCACUUUGUCUGAAUCAAGAGAUAGAAAUAGGCAGAAUGUUAUUCAGUGAAAUCUCCAUUCGAAUUCACAUUGGUUCAAGACGUAAUUUCGGUGUGUCAUAUUGCUUAACACAAUUUUGUAAGGAUAGUUUUUUGAUCGACUGUACAGUAUAUAGUUGUAGGAAUACAAGAACAAUGGUAAAAAGUAAAUCGAUUUAACCAAGAAUAGUCCAAGAAAGUAGUUAGAAGCUUAUUUUCAUCGGGGAUUUUAACCUAUACAGUUCUAUCUAUCUAUCUAUCUAUCUGCCCGGAGAGUCACUGCAGUGCCAACCACCACUAUCCUUCAAUCACGUUUGCUUCCUCCUGAGUUUUUAUGUAUUUAAUAAUACAGUAACUAGUAAUUCGAUGGAGAUGUAGUUUAAUAAAAGAAAAGUUACAUUG